UACAAAAAGAUUAUUAUAAUUGUUUAAAUAAAAAAAUAUAUACAGGAGAUACUCUCAUAAGUUUUAACACGAAAGUGUUUUUCUUUUUACAGUCAAAACUAACUCCACAAGAAAGACUAAAGAAAAGAAUGCAAAUGGCACUCAACAGACAAUACAAGGCGGAUAAAAGAGCGCAAAUGGAAAAAUAUGAGAAACAGCAACAAGAAAGACAGGAUAGAGCCGAAGAAUUAAGAGAGAUGGCAAUACGAAUGAGACAGAGAGAGAGAGAGAGGCGUCAUAGAAUGUUAGAAAGUGAACGCGAACCAGAAAGUGAUUCUAGUUGGAACAGACAUUCCGAACACUACGGAAAAGAUGACGACCGUGAAUUCAGAAGGAGAAAAGAUGAUUCCGACUCUCACAGUCCCAAAUCCGGAUACAGUCACAGGAGGAGCAGAAGUCGGAGUAAAGACAGAAGUCCUCGUAGAAUAUCUCCCCGUCGAAACUCUCCCAGGAGAACACCUCCGAGAAGAUCCAAAGCAAGAAACCGAAGCCGCAGUCCCAGUCCGAGACAACGAUACCACCAAUCACACAGACACAGUGCCAACCGUAGCAGUUCACGCACCUCCUCUCUAAGAUCUACCAAACCGCUAGUCGACUACUGAAACCUAUAACCGGGUUCGACCUAGAACACCGCACCUCGUACCCUCGAUGCAGUGGAAAUGUCCUAAAUAUACAUAGAACAAAUUGUAACUGACCAGCAACACAAUUUUUUAUAUAUAGUUAGUUACAACAGACUUUGUAAGAUUGCACAUAAUAUUUUUUUUUUCCUUUUUCCUCUAGUAAAUUGAUACUGGAACAUAAAUAUUUUCUUCUCUAUUUUGUGUAAGUUUGUUUUGUUAAAGUCAAAAACAAAAAAAAAUAACAAAAAAAUAAAUACCAUCA